GGCGCUGGUCACGUGACUCGCCGUAACAGUCAUGUGUACUUAAGGACGAUAAAGGAAGUUGGUUCCACAAACAAGCCCAGUCGCCUUCUGAAUCCGACAAGACGAUCUUUUAUUCCAGCUGAUUCAGUUUCAGCGAGGCUCCGUGAUGCUCUCCAGUCUGCUGCUGUGUCUGCUGGCCGGGUUUCAGCUCUGCUGCCGGGCUCAGUACGCUCCCGAUGAGGUGACUUACCUGCCCGGGAUGAAGUUUAAACCCAACUACACACAGUGGUCCGGAUACCUGCAGGCAGGACAAGGGAAGUUUCUACAUUACUGGUUUGUGACGUCUCAGAGGGACCCAGUCAAAGACCCUCUGGUGCUGUGGCUGAAUGGAGGCCCAGGCUGCAGCUCUCUGGAUGGAUUCCUGUCAGAGAAUGGACCGUUUCAUGUGAACGAUGACGGAGCCACGCUGUACGAGAACGCUUUCAGCUGGAACAAGAUUGCCAACAUGCUCUAUCUUGAAUCUCCUGCAGGAGUUGGAUAUUCCUACUCCGAUGACCACGAAUAUGCCACCAAUGAUAACCAGGUCGCUGAUGAUAAUUACAAAGCCCUGCAGAGUUUUUUUGCCAAAUUCCCAAACUUCACUCAGAAUGAGUUCUUCAUCUUUGGGGAGAGUUACGGUGGGAUUUAUGCACCGACGCUCAGCCUGCGUGUGGCCACAGGAAAAACCAAAAUCAACUUCCAGGGCUUUGCAGUAGGAAAUGGCAUCAGCAGCUUUGCUCUCAAUGACCAGUCUUUGAUCCACUUUGGUUACUAUCACGGCCUCUUUGGAGAAGAUUUGUGGCGCGAUCUGAACAUAAAUUGCUGCAACAACGGAACCUGUGACUUUUACAACUCCAGUUCAGAGACCUGCAGGAUAAUGGUAAACAGGGCCUUUAGUAUUGUGUAUAACAGUGGACUAAAUGAAUAUGCGCUUUACUUGGACUGUGAAGGCUCUGGAAAAAGCUACGAGAGGACCAUGAGUCAUCUGUUUAAGAACUCCAGGAGAAACUCGGAGAAACUCAAGCUUUUAGGUCGACUGUCUCUGAACGAAGUUCCUCCCUGCAUCAACAGCACGGCUCAGAUGAACUGGCUGAACAGAGGCGACGUGAGGAAAGCUCUACACAUUCCUGAUAUACUGCCACCUUGGGACAUCUGCAGUGAUGUUGUUGGAGCGGCGUACACAACCCUGUACGCCACAGUGAAGGAUGUGUAUCUGAAGCUGCUCUCUCUGGGCCUGCGAGCGCUCGUCUACAACGGAGACACCGACAUGGCCUGCAACUUCCUGGGAGACCGGUGGUUUGUGGAAGACCUCGGCAUAAAGCCAACCACUGAGUACCAAACCUGGAUUAAUGACGACCAGGUUGCUGGUUUCUAUCAACGGUUUGGAAACAUCACUUUUCUGACGGUGAAGGGUGCGGGUCACAUGGUUCCUCAGUGGGCUCCCAGUCCAGCUCUCCACAUGUUCCAGUCCUUCAUAACAAAUAGCACCUACUGAGUACAAAUGACAGUAUUCUAUAAUACGCCUGCACUCAUCACUUGUUAGAUGGUACAUUUCACUCAGGGAAGUCGGUAUAGAGGGGAAAAAAAAUGAUUGUUUGGGCAUUUAAUUGUAUUUCUCAGAAUUCAUCCAACUCUUACAGUUCAGUGUGUUGAAUUUUUAGAUGCUGAUAUAUUUGGUGGCGCUGCAUCUCCAUUGGGUGAACACUGGAGGAAUUCCAGCCUGUAUCAUAUAUUGUCUGUAGUUUAAUAAAGGCUGUCAGGGCUGGACUAAGGAGGACAGACCACAUGAGGUUUGACCUAAAAGGGAAAUGAAUGUAAGCAAAAACAGAACAAGAUGUAAAGUAGGACUACUGUUACUGCAUGAGCCCAACUCUAUGCUUUAGACAAAUGAACAAACUGGAGUAAAACAAUCACAUUAAUGCCUUGUGUAAAGCACUAUUUAGCCAUCAAUCUUGUCUUUAGCAUUUGGGUUGAUGCCACCAGACUGGCCCUCAAACUAUAUGUUGGGAAACUGCAUAUGUGUAAAAGAACAACACAUCCUACAGUGUUCACCAAUACAGAUGUGAAAAACUCAUGUGUUUCUCAUUGUUUCAGUGAAACUCAAGUGCAGUGAAUUCAAAACCAGAGAAAUUAUCCAUGCGCCCACAUGUUUGACUAAACUGAACAAUCUAUGAAGCUGUUGUCUGCACUGAUGUAAAGCUGGAUGUUUUUUUGAUUGUUUUGUUGCAUAAGUUAAUGAAGUGAUCACUUUUAACAAAACUUGCUUCUGCUAAAACUGCCAGGAUCAAAACUGUGACUCAACCUGAGUUGGUCUUUUUUAUUAAAUGCUUUGAAAUCUUG